AUGCAGCUGUGCCGGGGCCGCGCGUUGGGCAUCUCCGUGGCGGUGGCGCACGGGGUUUUCUCCGGCUCUCUCAACAUCCUGCUGAAGUUUCUCCUCAACCGUUACCACUUCACCUUUCUGACGGUGCUGCAGUGCCUGACCAGCUCCACGGCGGCGCUCAGCCUGGAGGUGCUGCGGCGGCGGGGCGCCCUGCAAAUGCCGCCCUUCAGCUUCAGCCUGGGGCGCGCUUUCGCUGGGGCCACGCUCCUCUCCACGCUGCAGUCCAGCCUCACCCUCUGGUCCCUGCGCGGGCUCAGCCUGCCCAUGUACGUGGUCUUCAAGCGCUGCCUGCCCCUCGUCACCCUCCUCAUCGGCGUCCUGGUGCUCAAGAACGGCAUCCCCUCCCUCGGGGUGUCGGUGGCCGUCCUUAUCACCACCUGCGGGGCUGCUCUGGCAGGUGCGGGUGACCUGACUGGUGAUCCCAUUGGGUAUGUGACUGGAGUUCUGGCUGUGUUGGUACAUGCAGGAUAUUUGGUGGUGAUUCAAAAGAUGAGUGCAGAUAGCGAUUAUGGGCCUCUGACAGCCCAAUAUGCCAUUGCAGUUUCAGCCACACCUUUUCUCAUCCUAUUGGCCUUUGUCAGCAUGGAAGCCAUUAAUAUCUGGUCGUUCCCAGGAUGGAAAGAUCCCCUCAUGACAUUCAUCUUUUUUGCCUGUGUCUUAUUGGGCUGCGCCAUGAAUUUUACAACCCUUCAUUGCACUUACAUUAACUCAGCUGUAACCACUAGUUUUGUUGGUGUUGUGAAGAGCAUUGCAACCAUCACAGUUGGUAUGGUAGCGUUCAAUGAUGUGGAACCCACAAAGCUGUUCAUAGUAGGCGUGGUAGUAAACACUGUAGGCUCCAUCACGUAUUGUGUGGUCAAGUUUAUUGAGACAAGGAAACAGAGUAAUUAUGAAGAUCUGGAAGAGGAACUUAGAGAAGAAGAGAAGAAAGACUGUGACGGAGGUCAACCACCCUUUUCAAUGGAGGAGAUGCCCAAGGAGGCAGAAUCUGGAGAUCCAAUAAUGAACGAGUCAGCAGAUGAAAACAAACAGCACAGCACAGAAGAGAUGGGCAGCACUGGAGAAGAAAGAAAUACUACUGUUGUUCCUGUAGAUGGUAAUGCCGAAGAACUUAACAGAAACUCACUCAAGAAUGCCUAUCUUGGAAUAUGGAGGUUAAUUAGGGGGGCUAAUUAUGCAAAGAAAGAUUAUCUAGUAGAAAAUGAAGAGUUACCAAGUCCCUGAAGAGUAAUUCUGUAACAAAUUCUAAUCAAGAAUCUAUGUCUUUUAUUCCUUGUGGUGGGAGUAUGGACCAACAAAUGCUUUCAUACAUUCAUUAAAAAAAAGCUUAAUGGUUUAAUGGGGAAAUUUUAUCUCAUUCUAAUGGAACAAAAGCACCAGGUUCAUGCUUAGAUUCAAUGAAUUUUCAUUUGUCAGGGUACAUGAUUUCAGAUCAGGACCAAUAAAGCAGACAUUUCACACUGGAAAUCCUAAUUUUAUAUCCAUAGAAGUCAGCUCUAGAUAAGAUUUACAGGUUCCUUCCUGAAUGCUUCUAGAAGCCUUAAUAUAAUUAUUCCAAGAUGUUUAAUGCCAUAAACAAAAUCUAAAGUUUUCUUCCCCU